UUGUCGUUUUAUUUGAUUAGUUAUGUCCAAGUUAUAAUCAGAGUGUAUAAUAUAAGCUGCUCUCUGUUUAAUCAGACUGACUGGCAUGACUAGAACAACCCACAUUGCUGUCUUGGCUUUCCCAUUCGGUUCCCAUGCAGCAGCUCUCCUCAACCUCACCCAGAGGCUCGCCGCGUCUGCACCACUUGGAGUCAUUUUCUCCUUUCUCAGCACGCCAGCCUCGAUUGCAAAGAUUUUCUCUAAGCCAGCACACAGUCUGAUCAAGCCUUACGACGUGUGGGAUGGAGUAUUCCCAGAAGAAGCUUCUUCCAAAUCACCUCAACAGCUAGUUGAGAUAUUCCUAGAGGCCACCCCUGAGAAUUUUUAUAAGAUUGUGAAACAGGCCGAGGCAGACUCUGGGGUGAAAGUCAGCUGCAUUUUAGCUGACGCAUUCUUGUGGUUCGCAAAUGACAUGGCAGAGGUGAUGGGUGUUCCUUGGCUGGCAUUUUGGGCUGCUGGAGCUACCUCUUUUUCUGCUCAUGUUUACACUGACCUCAUCCGUGCUCACUUCUCUAUUGAAAAUGAAGAGGCAAAUGUUAAGAUCCUCCCGGGAUUAUCAGCUGUUCGUGUAUCUGAUUUACCUGAAGGAGUGGUAUGUGGUGACUUGGAAUCUCCGCUUUCAAAAAUGCUUCAAGAUAUGGGGACGAAGCUGGCUGGGGCUACUGCCGUUGCAAUUAACUCAUUUGAGGAACUCGAGCCUGCUGGAACAAGUGAUUUGAAGCCAAUUUUAAGAAAUGUACUUAAUGUAGGCCCAUCAACAAUAACUGUGCCUCUGUUAUCAAAUUCAGACGAUACAAGCGGGUGCCUUGAGUGGCUGGACACUCGUGAGAGCGGAUCAGUGGUAUAUAUAGGAUUUGGUAACGUAUUAGUCCCACCGCCAAGUGAAAUAGUAGCACUAGCAGAAGCAUUAGCUUCUUCCAAAAGACCGUUUAUCUGGUCACUUCAGGACACCAUGAGGAGCCUGCUGCCAGAUGGAUUCUCUGAGAAGACGAGUGGACAUGGAAAGAUAGUAGCAUGGGCUCCUCAGCUGCAAGUUUUAGGACAUCCUUCUGUCGGAGUUUAUGUGACACACUGUGGGUUUAAUUCACUGGUGGAGAGUAUAUUAUGUUGUGUGCCCUUGGUAGCAAGGCCUCUGCUAGGAGAUAAUAUGAUAAAUUGUAGGUUGGUGGAGGAAGUAUGGAAGAUUGGUAUGAAAGUGAAGGAUGGCAAGUUUACUGAAGGCGGAACAAUGGAGGCCUUGGACAGCAUAAUGGUUGGCGAUAAGGGAAAAGAAAUGAGAGAAAACGUGGGAAUACUUAGAAGCCGGUUGCUUGAAAGUACAGGACCGAAUGGAAGCUCAACUCAUAAUUUCAGAACUUUUAGUAAUCUACUAUUUACCAUUUGAUAAACUAUUGAUCAUUAAUCGGUAUGUCAUGACCCUCAGUCAAGAAUAAAUUCAUAUUGUCAAGCUUUGUAA